AUGCAGUCUCACUCGGAGCCGAUAUUGGUCUUGGACCCGGCCAUGUUGGCAGAUGAGGAUGACUCCGAGUACGAAUAUGAAUACCACGAGGUCGACACCGAGACCUUCUACCUCAACCUCGACCUCACCUCCCUUCACGGACCCAUCCGUCCUCCCAGACGCCGUGACCCCGCUUCGUCUACUGCUGCAGUUCCAACUACCCCGACUGCCACCACCAGUCCGGAUGCACCGUCCCUAUUCCCUGCUCCGUCCGAUGACCAUGAGCCAGCCAUUGACAGCACCGAGCCUGGCAACGUUCCUUCAGAGCGCUUCCAAAUCCUAGGCCUUCACACCCCCAACCCAUUAGUCUCGUACCAAAAUCAAAUCUUCAGCUGCUCAUGGGCAGACCAGAUCGGGACAGAGCUGCUCUUCGCUCGUCCAGAGACGGGUCCCGAGCCUGACCUAGAGUCUGCAUUGCCGCAGAUCUCUCCAUUGAGGCGCGGCAAGGAUUUUGACCUCAUUGCCGCCAACAGCGUCAAAAUUCUCGGUCGCAAAGCGAACCUGAUCUCCAGUUCCGGCUUAGGGUCAACUCAGGAGCCCUCGAUACAAACAUCCGAAACGGCGAACGUGGUCCGCAAGACGGUACCACAGUCGAAUCAAGCUCGGUUCCUAGAACGACUGAUGCACAUCAAGAAGCAAAAGGGCGAGACGGACACUGUGCGCACUGUCUUCAGUACGAAACGCACCCAGAAUCUGGAGGAUCGGCUACGGGGCUGGGCUCGGACAGAGGAGCAACUUGCAGAGAUCCAGCAGCUCAGCGAAGCUGCGAUUCAAGGAGACAUCGCAGCGUUGACUGCGCUGGAAGAGCUCUACAAUGAAAUUAAUGGCCAGAACUUGGGGUUGGGGCUGUCGGACCAACCGACCCAGCCCCGUUGA